AUGGCAGGUGGGUCUUUUGCUCCAGCCGGCGUGGCCAAGGAGAGAGCAGAGCAGUACCAAGGCAAGCUCACCGCUUAUGUUAUCGUUGCCUGCAUUGUUGCUGCCGUUGGCGGCUCACUUUUCGGUUAUGAUAUCGGAAUUUCAGGUGGGGUUACCUCAAUGGAUGGAUUUCUUCAUAAAUUCUUCAAAACGGUGUACAAACAAAAAAUGCUUGCACAUGAAAACAACUACUGCAAGUACGACAACCAAGGUCUUGCAGCAUUCACCUCUUCUCUGUACCUCGCCGGUUUAGUUGCAUCUUUGGUGGCUUCUCCAGUUACAAGAAACUAUGGACGGCGCAGAAGUAUAAUCUGUGGUGGAAUCAGUUUCCUUGUUGGAGCAACUCUAAAUGCUGCAGCUGCCAAUUUGGCCAUGCUUCUCUUGGGUCGGAUCAUGCUUGGUGUUGGUAUUGGAUUUGGAAAUCAGGUUAUUCCACUAUAUCUAUCAGAGAUGGCGCCAACUCAUCUUCGAGGAGGCUUAAACAUGAUGUUUCAGUUGGCAACUACGCUAGGAAUCUUCAUAGCAAACAUGGUAAACUAUGGAACACAAAAGCUCGAACCAUGGGGUUGGAGGCUCUCUCUAGGCCUGGCUAUAGUACCUGCUAUAGUAAUGACAGUGGGAGGAAUAUUUCUUCCUGAGACACCAAAUAGCUUAAUUGAACGAGGAAGUAAAGAAGAAGGACGAAAACUUCUGGAGAGAAUCAGAGGAACCGAAAAUGUCAGUGCAGAGUUUCAGGACAUGUUAGAUGCAAGUGAGUUUGCUAGUGCAAUAAAGCACCCUUUCAGGAACAUCCUGGAGAGAAGGAACAGGCCUCAACUGGUUAUGGCAAUCUUCAUGCCAACAUUCCAGAUCCUCACAGGCAUAAAUUCAAUUCUCUUCUAUGCUCCAGUGUUGUUUCAAAGUAUGGGGUUUGGGGGAAAUGCUGCUCUCUACUCCUCGGCUUUAACUGGAGCAGUUCUUGUUUCAUCUACACUGAUAUCUAUUGCAAUAGUUGACAAGCUCGGUCGAAGAGUUUUGCUCAUUAGUGGUGGAAUAAUAAUGAUUAUAUGCCAGGUCAUAGUCGCCAUAAUCCUGGGGGUCAAGUUAGGUGAGAAUCAAGAGCUAUCAAAAGGAUUCUCAGUAUUGGUGGUGGCAGUGAUCUGCUUCUUUGUGGUAGCUUUCGGAUGGUCAUGGGGUCCGCUCGGCUGGACAGUGCCAAGCGAGAUAUUCCCACUGGAAACCCGAUCAGCCGGACAAAGCGUUACAGUGGCUGUGAACCUUCUGUUCACCUUCAUCAUAGCGCAGUCUUUUCUUGCCCUCCUAUGUGCGUUAAAAUUCGGGAUCUUUCUCUUCUUUGCUGGGUGGAUUACUGUGAUGACGGUGUUCGUUUACGUGUUCCUGCCUGAAACCAAGGGAAUUCCUAUUGAAGAGAUGAUACUGAUGUGGAGAAAGCACUGGUUCUGGAAGAGGAUAGUGCCUAAAUAUCCUGAAGUUGAUAGCUCUAUUAGUCGUAGGCCAAACAACUCCACAGUGUGA